AUGUCUGGCGCAUCUCAGGCCCUUGAAGGCCUCUACAAGGCCCCCUCCGCCGAGGAGUGCUACGUCGCUGCCGAGCAGCUCGCCGAAUACGUCAACAGCACCAGCCUCCGCGUGCUUCAGUCCGAAGGCGUCCUCGACAGCCUCGUCAAGGCUUCCAAGAACAAGAAGAGCGGCUACGAGCGCGAGGCCGCCGCCAUCGGCCUCGACGCCAUCUUUGUCAAGGUCGCCGGCAAGAACGCUCCCAGCCCGCUCGGCGCAGAGCCAUGGCUCCUCGACACCCUCCCCGCCAUCCUCGAGCUCUACGCAGACAAGGGUGACGUCGUCCGCCAGGCUGCAGAGACCGCCGCCAGCUCGCUCCUCGCCCUCGUGCCCCCCGAGGCCGCACCCGAGUUCCUCACCGUCCUCUACGAGGUCCUCGGCUCCGGCAGCGCAAAGUGGCAGGCCAAGGUCGGCGCCCUCAAGCUCAUCGGCCGUCUCAGCGCCACCGCCAGCGAGCAGAUCGGAGACGAGCUCGUCGAACUCAUCCCCUACCUCACCAGGGCCAUGCACGAGACCAAGGCAGAGAUCUCCAAGCAGGCCCGCAAGACCGCCAUCAAGGUCUGCGAGGCGUGCCUCGACAACAAGGACAUCCGUCCCUUCAUCCCCGACCUCGUCGGCUGCAUGGCCCAGCCCGACGCCGUGCCCGAGUGCAUCAAGAAGCUCUCGGGCACCACCUUUGUCGCCGAAGUCACCGGCCCCGCGCUCGCCGUCAUGGUGCCUCUGCUCGCCCGUGCGCUCAACGAGCGUAGCCAGAACGUACAGCGCCAGGCCGUCGUCGUCGUCGACAACCUCUGCAAGCUCGUGCGCGACCCGCACGAGGCCGCCAAAUUCCUCCCCGAACUCACUCCCGGUGUCGAGCGAAUCGAGAAGGGCGCCAGCUUCCCCGAGGUCCGCGAGCACGCCAAGAGCGCCCUCGACACCCUUACUGCCGCCACCGCCGCCGUCGACGCUAGCGCUGCCACCGAGGACCCCAAGAAGGUCUUUGCUCAGCAGUGCGCAGCCGCCCUCGACGCCAUCCUCGCCGCUGUUCAGGCUUACGUCCCCGAGGAGCACGCCAACCUCAAGAGCGAUGCCUUCGCCAUGACCGGUCUCAACUACCUCUCCAAGUCCAUCGCUCGCCUCGCCAACAAGCGCAUCCUUCACACCAGCGCUUGGGAGGAGGUGUACGUGCUGCCCUACCUGCGUCGCGUCUGCAGGGACGACGACGCCGCCAAGACCGCCACUGCCGACCUGCGCAAGACCUACAUCGAGCUCGACAAGGCGCGCUUCGGCAACUCCGAAGAGGAGGACGACGACGAGGCGGGCGAGUGCCUCUGCCGCACCGAGUUCUCGCUCGCCUACGGUGGUCUGCUGCUCCUCAACCACACCACCCUCAAGCUCUACCGCGGCCACCGCUACGGCAUCGUCGCCGCCAACGGAAGCGGCAAAUCUACGCUGCUCAAGGCCAUGCGCGACGGCAAGGUCGAGGGCUACCCGUCCCAGGACGAGGUGCGCACCCUCAUGGUGGAGCACAGCCUGCAGGGCGAGGACGGCUCGACGCCCAUCAUCGACUUUAUCGCCAACGACAAGAAGCUCGUGGGCAAGACGCGCGAGCAGGUGGCCGAGAAGCUGCGCGAGGUCGGCUUCGACGACGAGAAGCAGAAGAACCCCGUCUCCUCGCUCUCCGGUGGUUGGAAGAUGAAGCUCGAGCUGGCGCGUGCCAUGCUUUCCGAUGCCGUCGUCUACCUGCUCGACGAGCCGACCAACCAUCUGGACGUGCAGUCGAUCGCAUGGCUCGAGAACUUCCUCGUGACCAACAAGCAGAUCACCGUGGUCACCGUGUCGCACGACUCGGGCUUCCUCGACAACAUCUGCACCGACAUCAUCCACUACGAGAAGAAGAAGCUGCGCUACUACAAGGGCAACCUCUCCGACUUUGUGGCCACCAAGCCCGAGGCCAAGGCGUACUACUCGCUCGCCGCCACCACCGUCAAGUUCUCCUUCCCGCCCCCCGGCUCGCUCAUGGGCGUGCGCUCCAACACGCGCACCAUCCUCAAGAUGUCCAACUGCACCUUCACCUACCCGGGCAUGACCAAGCCUUCGCUGCACGACACGUCGUGUGCCAUCAGCCUGUCGAGUCGCGUGGGUGUGCUCGGCCCCAACGGUGCCGGUAAGAGUACGCUGAUCAAGGUGCUCACCGGCGAGACGGUGCCGCAGCAGGGCAAGGUGGAGAAGCACCCGAACCUGCGUAUCGCCAUGAUGGCCCAGCACGCCUUCCACCAUCUGGAGCAGCAUCUGGAGAAGUCGGCGGUGGAGUACAUCGCAUGGCGUUACCAGGACGGCCACGACCGCGAGAUGACCGAAAAGGCGUCGCGAAAGAUGACCGACGAGGAGAAGGCGCAGAUGGAGACGCCGAUCAAGUCGACCACGGGCGAGUCGCGCAAGGUCGAGUACAUCGUGGGUCGUCAGAAGCUCAAGAAGUCGUACCAGUACGAGAUCAAGUGGGUCGGCUACGAGCACAGGAACAACUCGUGGAUCCCGCGCGAGCGCCUGCUCGAGUUGGGCUUCAGCAAGCUCGUGCAGCAGUUUGACGACUUUGAGGCGUCGCGCGAGGGUGCCGGUUCGCGCGAGAUCAGCGUCAAGCUCAUCCGCCAGCAUCUCGAGGCGGUGGGUCUGCAGGGCGAGAUUGCGCAGCACCAUGCCGUCGGCGGCUACUCGGGCGGACAGAAGGUCAAGGUGGUGCUGGCCGCCGCCAUGUGGAACAAUCCGCAGGUGCUUGUGCUCGACGAGCCGACCAACUACCUCGACCGCGAUGCGCUCGGUGGACUGGCGACCGCCAUCCGCGACUGGGCGGGUGCCGUGGUGAUCAUCUCGCACAACAUGGAGUUUGUCGGUGCCCUCUGCCCCGAGAUCUGGAACGUGGACAACGGCCGCAUCAUGUCGCGCACCAAGACUGCGCUUGCCGAGGGAGCCUUCCUGGACGAGAUGGAGAAUGCGUCGACUCCUGGCGCCUCGGUGCCCGGUACGCCGCUGCCUGGAAGCACGGCGGCGUCGCGACUGACGUCCAAGGCCGGUACGCCCGUUUCGUCCGUGGCUCCUACGCCGGCAGGCUCGGGCGACGAGGGCGAGCAGGAUAUGUCCAAGUUCAAGGCCAAGAAGGGCAAGAAGAAGCUCACGCGCAACGAGAAGAAGGCGCAGGAGGAGAGGAGGCGUCUGCGUCUCAGCCGCUGGCUCACCUACGGCGGUGAGCGAGAACCAGACACCGACGACGAGUAG